AACAAAAAAGAGCGGGAGAUACAUUCUUAAAUUCCCAUUGAAAAAGCAAUGCGAACUUAUUUCAGUUUCCACUUUUCACUCACUCAACUGAAACUACUAAUUGUCUCAUCGACUCAACUCACUCCUCAAAAGAUGUCCAUCGGGGUUCGCCAACUCACCGUACUCGGCGAGUUCAAGCCGUUUGGAUUAAUCGCCGAGGCACUAGAUGGAAAACCGCCAGACAAUUCCACUGAUAAUUACGAUUAUUUCCUCUUCGAUCCAGAAAUCGCGAGACAACGAGAUGACAACUUCUGUAAUGACGCCUCGGUUGCCGCUCUCAGUGACCGCCGCGAUCACGAGCUCUUCAUUCGAGGCAACCGUAUAAUUUGGAGCAUUGGUUCCAGAGUGUUUAAGAGAUUUACCCUACCUUCUCCAGUAAUCAUGGCAUGCUGGUGCCGUAUGGGUGACAUUUUCGAAGCUCUUCUCUGUGUCUUACAAAUUGGUUCUUUAACAAUCUAUAAUACAUCUGGUGAAGUAGUGUCCAUUCCGCUUCCUUGUUCCAUCAUAUCUAUAUGGUCUCUUCCGUUUGGACUGUUGCUCCAGCAGGUGGCUGAAGGAAAUUCAGUAACACAUGGCCCUUUUUCAUAUUCAAGCCCUUCACUAGGUUCACGUGAUAUAAUUCAUAAUAGAACAGAAAUUAGGCACAGCACACAACAUAAUUUUAGUUUUCUGACCGCAUAUGAUCAUCUUAUUGAGGGAGAAUCAAGCUCAAUAUCCUCACAUCUAAUUCUGAAAGAUCUAUUGGAAGAACCACAGUCAAUUUGCAUUGAAGAAAGAGGAAAACUGAACAUAAUGAGGGAUUUUGAUGAAAGAACAAUUUGGACCGGUGAUCAAAUUCCUCUAAUGGCAUCAUAUAAUAAAGUUAAAAUGCAGCAUUCAGUUUGGGUAGCUGAAGUUAUUAAUUCUAGUCUUGAAGUGGAAAAUGCUAGUUUAUCUGCUACAGUUCCUGCUGGUGUAUUACCAAAGUGCUUUUGCUUCCGUAGAAUAUGGCAGGGAAAGGGUGCUCAUACAGCUGCUUCUAAGGUUUUUCUUGCAACAGAUGAUGAUGCAGCUCAUGUAAUUUGUCUUCUUUUCUUAGAACAAAAAAAGUUACUGUCUUUAAGGCUUCAGACUGUUGAAAUAAAUAACGAGAUUCUAUAUGAUGUUAAACCUGAUAUGAGCUGGAGCAUACCUGCAAUUGCUGCUGCUCCUGUCAUUGUGACACGACCCAGAGUGAAGGUGGGACUAUUGCCAUAUACUGAUAUCAUUGUUUUGGCACCAGAAAAUAUAUUACUCCUUUAUUCAGGGAAGCAAUGCCUUUGCAGGUAUCUGCUGCCUCCAUGUUUGGGCAAAGGUCGUCCCUCCCAUAAUUUGGGAUUCUUAGAAGCGGCAUCGAUUUCUCAUGACCUGAAGAUUGUGGGACUCGCUGAUGCCGUUGAGGCGCAUAUCAAUGUGAAAGUAAAUAAUUGGCAGAUGUUUCGAUGUGCACUACGAAGAAGUCCUUCAUCAUCGUUGGCAAAUGAUUCCAUCUCAGCAUUGGCUGAGGGGCUCAGUCCGAGUUUCUAUAACCAUUUUCUUGUUUUUCUUUGGGGAGAUGGUGAUUCUGGCUACUUGUCAGAGGGUAAUUCUACUGUUGAUUCAGAAUGGAACUCUUUUUGUGAUACCAUCAUGCAAAUGUGCAAGAAGUCAUCUGUAGUUUCUCAAGAGAUUCCAAAAUCAUCUUGGGAGUUUCUUCUUAAUAGCAAAUUUCACAAGAACUACUUCAAAAUAAACUCUAUGAUUGAAUUGGCUUCUAUAACAGCACUUGAUAAGCCAGGAUUGGAUUUCACGAGAUCAAAUAUAGAUGGUACAAAAAGUUCAGAAAAAUCAAUUUACUCUGAUCUAUUGAUGGAGAGUUUGGAUUCUCUGCAUGCAGUUUAUGAAAGUUUGAAAAUGGAUAAUCUCCGGGGAAGGGAUUUGGAGCUUCUGGCAAUUCUGUUGUGUAAUAUUGCAAAAUUCUUGGGUGAAGAAUGCUAUUUGGAUCAUUAUGUCCGUGAUUUUCCUGUUCUCUGCAAGACAGUCAGAAUGGGUGCAAAGUCUUUGUCCAGGAAAACUCCUUUCAGUUUAUUCAGAUGGCUGGAAAAUUGUUUGCUACAUGGAUGUAAUCCUGAUAAUGCUAACAAUCUUCCACUUGUAAUUUGUAAAGAUGGAAGUUCUGUGGUGGGCUGGACAAGGAAAAUCAUCUCUUUUUACAGUUUAUUAUGUGGUGCUAAACUCAUAGGAAAGAAGCUUUCAUCUGGUGUUAGCUGCAACAUUGCCUCUGGAUCAUUUUGUUCUAAUGAGGAGCUCACAGUGUUGGCAAUGGUUGGGGAGAAAUUUGGAUUGAAAGAGUUGGAUUCUUUGCCUUCUGGUGUAUCUCUUCCUCUUCGACAUGCUUUGGAUAAGUGUCGGGAAUCUCCUCCUGCUGACUGGCCUGCAGCUGCAUAUGUGCUUCUUGGUCGAGAGGACUUGGCUUUAUCUUGUUUGGCACAUUUAUGCAAAUUUAAGGAACUUGAAACACAAACAAAUAUGAAUUUGGUCUCUAUGUCUACACCUUACAUGCUACAUUUGCAUCCUGUAACCAUUCCUUCAACAGUAUCUGAUACCAUCGGUUUGGAAAGCACCAGAUUAGAGGAUACAGAUUCCAUUGAUGGAUCAAUGGCAGAUGGCAUGGAGAACAUAUUCAGCUGUUGCAACCAGUUGCGUUAUGGUCGGGAUCUACGAUUAAAUGAGGUUAGGCGUCUUCUAUGCUCUGCAAGACCUGUGGCUAUUCAAACAUCUGUCAACCCUAGUGCCUCUGAUCAGGAACUCCAACAGGCUCAGCUCUGGCAGCUUGCACAAAGGACUACUGCUCUUCCUCUUGGCCGUGGGGCAUUUACUCUUGCAACUAUUUAUACUCUUUUAACAGAGGCCUUUACUGUCCCAAAGCUUGUUUUAGCAGGUCGGUUGCCUGCCCAACAAAAUGCUACUGUUAAUCUUGAUCCUAACAUAAGGAACAUACAAGAACUUAAAUCAUGGCCAGAGUUCCACAAUGCUGUUGCUGCUGGGUUAAGGCUGGCCCCACUUCAGGGAAAAGUAUCAAGAACAUGGAUAGUAUAUAACAAGCCUGAGGAACCAAAUGUAGUUCAUGCUGGACUUCUCCUUGCUCUGGGAUUACAUGGAUUUCUACGUGUUUUAACUAUUACAGACAUAUACCAAUAUUUUUCACAGGAACAUGAAAGCACAACUGUAGGCUUAAUGCUUGGCCUGGCAGCUUCUUAUAGGGGGACCAUGCAACCUGCAAUAUCAAAGUGCCUUUAUGUGCAUAUACCUGCUCAACAUCCAUCUUCCUUUCCGGAGUUGGAGCUACCAACAUUGCUGCAGACUGCAGCACUAAUGUCAGUUGGGCUUCUUUUUGAAGGAUCAGCACAUCCCCAAACAAUGCAAACAUUAUUGGGUGAAAUAGGCCGAAGAAGUGGAGGUGACAACGUCCUUGAAAGGGAGGGUUAUUCUGUUUCUGCAGGCUUUUCGUUGGGUCUUGUUGCAUUAGGCCGAGGGGAAGACGCAUUCGGAUUUAUGGAUACACUGGUUGAUCGACUAUUCCAAUAUAUUUGUGGAAAGGAAAUUCGUAAUGAAAGAUCCCUCCUGCUUGCAGCGUCAAUGGAUGAACACAGCCGAGGCACUGGGCAGAUGAUGGACGGAACCACUGUCAAUGUUGAUGUCGCUGCUCCUGGGGCUAUAAUAGCUCUUGCUCUAAUGUUUUUGAAGAGUGAAUCAGAGGUGAUUGUUUCUAGGCUUACAAUCCCUCAAACGCGUUUUGAUUUUCAAUAUGUGAGGCCUGAUUUUAUAAUGCUUCGUGUCAUUGCUCGGAAUUUGAUAAUGUGGGGCAGGAUUCAUCCCUCUAAAGAUUGGAUUCAGUCCCAGAUUCCUGAAAUUGUGAAAAAUGGUGUCAAAGACCUUAGAGAUGAUACCGUGGAUAUUGAUGAAAUGGAUUUAGAAACUUUUGUCCAGGCUUAUGUCAAUAUAGUAGCUGGGGCAUGUAUUUCUCUUGGGUUGAGAUUUGCUGGCACAAAGGAUGCAAGUGCACAGGAAUUGCUGUAUGAAUAUGCUGUCUACUUUCUGAAUGAGAUCAAGCCUGUUUCCACUACAAGCUGGAAUACCUUCCCCAAGGGUUUAUCUCAGUAUGUUGAUCGAGGCACAUUGGAGAUAUGCCUUCACCUUAUUGUCCUCUCCUUGUCUGUGGUUAUGGCUGGUUCUGGACAUUUACAAACUUUCCGUCUUUUAAGGUUUCUCCGCAACCAGAGCUCUGUAGAUGGGCAUGCUAAUUAUGGUAUCCAGAUGGUGGUGAGCUUAGCAAUUGGUUUCUUGUUUCUUGGUGGAGGCAUGAAGACAUUUUCUACCAGCAACAGUUCGAUUGCUGCAUUGCUUAUUACUCUUUAUCCACGGUUACCUACUGGACCAAAUGAUAACCGUUGCCACCUUCAGGCAUUUAGACAUUUGUAUGUCCUUGCAACGGAGGCUCGCUGGCUUCAAACUGUUGAUGUCGACACUGGCCUCCCUGUUUAUGCUCCACUUGAAUUAACUGUCAGGGAAACUGAGCAUUAUUCUGAAACAAGUUUUUGUGAGGUUACUCCAUGCAUUCUGCCUGAGCGUUCAAUUUUGAAGACAGUUAAAGUCUGUGGCCCUCGAUACUGGCCUCAAGUGAUUGAGCUUGUUCCUGACGAUGAGCCUUGGUGGAGUUUUGGGGACAGGAAUGACCCAUUUAACUCUGGUGUUCUCCAUGUGAAAAGGAAGGUUGGAGCUUGUUCAUAUGUGGAUGAUCCCAUAGGGUGUCAGUCGCUACUUUCACGAGCAAUGCACAAGAUGUUUGGUUUGACAAGUCUUAGAGCAGGCAAUCCAAGUAAUAACAGCAACAGUGGACCUGGUGCUGUUACUGUUGAGCAGCUGGUCAGCACCUUCUCAUCUGAUCCUAGCUUAAUAGCUUUUGCACAACUUUGCUGUGACCUUUCCUGGAAUGGCAGAUCUCAUGUUGAUUUCCAGGAGUUUUGCUUGCAAGUACUAUUUGAGUGCAUAAGCAAGGACAGACCAUCUCUUUUGCAGAUCUAUUUGUCCUUGUACACCACAAUUGGUUCAUUGGCAGAGCAGGUUUCCAGUAGCAAUAUUGUUGUUAGCGACUCACUGUCUCUCUCUAAUUUAAAGCUUGCACUGUCCUAUAAUGAGGCUGUGUUGAGGGGAAGGCUAACCACUGCAAGAGGCAGCAUUGUUCAAUCCAUCUUUUUAGGGUCUCUUCGGAAACGAGUCGAAGAACUUCUAAAUUGUUCGGAGGCAUUAAAAACUGAUUUGUGUAAUUAUUUGAACUUCGGUAGUUGGCCUAACGAUGGAGUGAAAAAUUCAGCACUUCUUUCUUGGUAUCUUCAAUGGUUCAGUGUGCCAGCUACUCCUACGAUCAAGGCAACAAUGGACAAAAUUAAGCUCAAGAACAUCUCAUUGUCUGCUGUUCCUUUGUUAUGUUUGUUAUUACCAGGCACUCACAUAAACGCAAUUGAAGAGAUAAAUCAGUUUCUGUUGUCUUCCUGAGUGGGCAAAUGAAGACCUGAGAGCAUUUUCCUGUCUGGUGCCUACUUUUUGUUGUGGCAUCUUCCAAGGUAGAAGCUUAUUCGAAAUCGUUCUUAAAUGAACAUGGCAAAGGGGCAAAGUGAAACAGAUUUACAAUGAGAAGAAUUACAUGCUUUCUGCCGGUCUAUAUUCCAAGCAUUUGAUGCUGACAUGAUCUGAUGUGAAGAAAUGUAUUGAAAAUUAUAUAUGAAGAUUUGCGAAU